UCGAAAAACAUGCUCUAACAAAUAUAAAAAUCACUACCAAACUUAGAGCAUGUUUAUAGGGAGCUCUUAGGUGGGUGUCUUAGUAAAAUUAGGAUUUAAAAAGAAAAAGAAAAAUAGUAAUUAAGAGAAGGGACGUUGCUUAAAUAAGGGCGAGAACAACCGUGUCUUAGAAACACCUGUUCUAAUUGUAUUGGCCAGAGAUUUUGAGAAGGAAACAAAAAACGUUCCCUACGCAGAAAGAAAAGUCGAGACCCUUUGGUUUAUCUGUCUCCCUCUCGCUGGUGCUCCCGGACGAAGAAAAUCGCAUGCUGAAUCGAAAGGUAAAUCUUUAUUGUUUUGUUUUUGUGUUUGAAUCCUUUGAUUAUGUGUUUGAAUCUUUCACUGAGAUUCUUAUAAACUAUGAGAGAUGAUGAUUUCAAAAUUUUUCUUUUAUGAUUAUUGCUGGAUGUGAGUCGACCAUCCGUGACAGAAGCUGAAAGGUUAAAGCUUAUCUCCAAAGGAUGUGGUCCUAAAACCGUAGGUGAGAAGUGAAGGAGAAUCAGGGAGUUGACAUCUCUCGUGGAGAAGAGAUUCAGGUUUCCUCAAGACAGUGUUGAGCUUUACGUUGAGAAUGCCAACAGAGGUCUCUGUGCCAUUGCUCAGGCUGAGUCUCUCCGUUACAAGCUCCUCGGUGGACUUGCUGUUUGCAGGCUGUUCACUCUCAAGGUGGAUUCUCUCUCUCGGUGCUAAAGAUCGAAAGGGGAAAGAGACAGAGAUCAAAGAUGGGUCACAAGAUCCUCGCCGAUCCUCUUCUAGAGACCAUCCAAGUAACUGUCGGAGAAACCAAGAAACAGAGAAGUAACCUGACCGUUACUCUUUCUCUGGUUUUGUUUCUUUGUCUGGGAACUUCAGGUUUUUACUGCUUUACUGACAGCAUAACAGUCUGGUUGUCAAGUCAUGCAACCAAUGAUCACAGUCUUAGCCAUAGGACCCUUGGUGACGCAAUCGAGUCAGAGAAGGGUGUUGUCGCCGCUGACGACGGUCGGUGCUCGGAGAUUGGCGCUUCUUUCCUCAGAAAAGGCGGUCACGCGGUGGACGCCGCCGUGGCUACUACAUUAUGCGUCGGUGUUGUCAAUCCGAUGGCUAGUGGCAUCGGUGGUGGAUCGUUCUUGAUUGUUAGCUCGUCGGAAGAUUCCAAAGCUGAGGCUUUUGACAUGAGAGAAACGGCUCCAUUAGCUGCUUUUAAGGAUAUGUACAAGAACGAUGCGAAUGCAAAAUCCACCGGAGCAUUGUCAAUGGGAGUUCCCGGAGAGUUAGCAGGACUUCACGAGGCUUGGAAACGUUACGGCCGUCUUCCAUGGAAACCACUAUUCAAGCCAGCAAUCAAGCUAGCACGAGAAGGUUUCAUCGUAGCUCCGUAUCUCGGACGUGCCGUAUCAACCCACUCUUCAAAGAUACUCAAAGACAAAGGCUUACGAAACAUCUUCUCAAGAAACGGACAAGUUUUGAAACCAGGAGACACUUGCUACAACCGGGAGCUAGCUUGUAGCCUAGAGACGAUCUCCGAGCUAGGACCGGAGGCGUUCUACAACGGGACAGUAGGGGAGAAGCUUGUCAACGACGUGAAAAUGGCGGGAGGGAUCGUAACGAUGGAUGAUCUAAGAAGCUAUAAAGUUCGAGUAACGGAUGCAAUGGCCGUGGACGUUAUGGGUUACACUAUUCAUGGGAUGCCACCUCCUUCGAGCGGAACUGUUGGUUUCCCGAUGGUUAUCAACAUUUUAGACAGCUACUCGGAACUUUAUACAGAUUCGGGAAGUGAUCUUGGUCUGCACCGUUUGAUAGAAGCGAUGAAACAUAUGUUAGCUGCUCGUAUGGAUCUUGGAGACCCUGAGUUUGUUAACGUAACGGAAGCUAUGAACCAAAUGCUCUCUAAGCCACGCGCUGAGGAGAUCAGGAAGAGGAUCUUGGACAACACUACGUUCCCUCCUGAGUAUUAUUUGAGCCGUUGGAGCCAGCUAAGAGACCAAGGGACGAGUCAUUUCUGCAUUGUGGAUGGGGAUAGAAACAGUGUGUCUCUGACAUCGACCGUGAACUACCCUUUUGGUGGUGGAGUCUUGUCUCCUUCCACUGGGAUUUUGCUGAACAACGAGAUGGAUGAUUUCUCUGUACCGGAGAUCACUCCUGAUCAUCUCCCUCCUGCACCUACUAACUUCAUUGAGCCAAACAAAAGACCGUUGUCUUCCAUGACACCUCUUGUUAUAACCAAGGAGGGUGAGUUGGUGGCGGUGGUUGGAGGAAGUGGAGGAACGAAUAUAAUUGCGGCGGUGAUCCAAGUUUUCCUUAACUGCUUUGUGUUGAAGAUGAAACCUUUAGAAGCUGUAGCGAGUGCAAGAGUCUACCAUAAGUUAAUACCGAAUGUAGUUCGAUACGAGAACUUCACUGCUAUCAACGGGGAUCACAUAGGAGUUAGUAAAGAUAGCAAGAUGUUUCUGGAAGAGAAGGGACAUGAACUCGAGGAGAUGUCAAGUGGAGGAGCUAUUGUUCAACUUAUUGUUCAGAGUUUCAAGGAAGAAGAAGAAGAUAAAGAGAUGGUCACUGACUUUGGAAGGAAACUUGGUAAAGAUUUUAUUAAGAAACCAAAACCAUUCAAAGGAUUACUCACUGCAGUUAGUGAUCCUCGUAAAGAUGGGAAGCCAGCUGCAGUUUGAUCUAUAUUAAUAUUCUUAUUCAAGCCCCAUUCUCCUAUCAUGAUGUAAAGUCUAAUAAGAAAUUGAACCAAAACAUUUCCUUAUAGAUUUGUGCUUAUAAGUGUAAAUUACAGUUUGGUAAGGGCAAAGAUCAAACCAUAAGUUUAGUACAUUAUUUAUCACAAUUA